AUGGAGCGCAGCCGUGGCGUCCCUGACAAUGAGCUUUUUCUAAGCAAACCUGCGCCAGAAGAUUGCGACAGUCCAACGGUAGAGCCGUUGCGCAUUUUCAAACCACAGAGUCCCGAGCCUCAUUCUCGCGUAUCUUCGACUUCAUCGAGCAGACUGACCUUCCCUCUGCCUCCUGGCGCAUCGAGCUCUGCUGCUCCUCUACCGUUUCCAGAUGACGACGAUAUCCGAAAGCCGACUGCUCCAAAACCCUACGGCUCCGCUUAUAACGACACGAGUCCCCGACUGGACACGAACAUUGCUGCCGAAAAGAAGCCAGGCCUUGCCGAGAGACGAGGUGCUGCGCCGAAGCCCAUACACUCUCCAUCCAGUCCUGAUGCCGACUAUGGCCUCUUUGCGAGGCCUUUGCAGGAUAAGCCUGCUGCUUCGACAACGAACUACCCAACCUACCAAAAAACAUACUACCCGCCACCUGGGGGAGCUGCAUCCGGGUCAUCGAGCAGCACUCCCGCGCAGCAGCAACAGCAAUACCCACAGCCGCCCCAAGCUCAACAGUAUCAACAACCCCAGCAGUAUCCACAGCCACAGCAGGCGCAGCCGCCACCUCAACCUCCAAAGAUUCCCCAGGUUGAAAACCUGGCUUCCAGUGAUCCCGGUGUCAAUCGGUUUGCUUCAACGGCCUCGAAUUCAACCACCAGAGCCAGCAGGGGCUCACCUCCACCUCCAGAGACUCCUAUUGUAGAGCCUGGCAACGUGCCUGGCGGGGGCAUCGAGGCCCGAUAUGCUGCGUCGGGCAUUUCCGGCACGGCAACCCUCACCAGUCUUCAAGCUUCUCAGGUUCAGAGUGCCGCUGCUGCACAGAGAUUGGCACAAUACAAUAAUCAAACGCCGCAGCCUCAACGUCCCUGGACACCCACGGAGUCUCCUGACCAAGCUCCCUCUGGUCCGCCGACUGUAUACCAGGGCAUGAAUGCGAUUUCAUCCCCUCAGCCACAGCAUCCAGUCAGCAGCCCGCCUCCUCAGCAACAGCAGCAGCAACAGCCGGCGCAGAAUCAGGUCAACUCCCCAGCUCAAGUCAGUGUUUUGGAACAAGAUUUCCAACGCUUGAGCACCAGUUCUCCUCCACCAGCUUACUCCAGCGUGAAUCCUGGCGGACGAACCUCUUAUCCAAAUGAGAAACAGCGGCCACAACAAGCUAAUCAAACGCCGGUAACUGCUCCUGUUGCCGCUGCUCCAGCCCCUGUGGCCACUAGUUCCAUAACGCCAGCUAAAGACACAGUGGUAGCUGCAGCUACGGCCGCAGCCACGGCCGCCGCCGCUGCAGGCCUUGCUUCCACAGCUCCUCAUAAUCAGGGUCACCCUGCAUUUGCAAAUGAUCCCCGGCCAGAGCCCAGUGGUCAACAUGCUCAAGUCGUGACAAUGCCUCCGAAUCUCGCAGCUGCUGGCCCUGCUUCUCCGCCACCUUUGCCUGAGGGAUGGAUUGCCCACCUCGAUCAGAACUCGGGCCAGUAUUACUACAUCCACUUGGCUACCCAGGCAACUCAAUGGGAGUUUCCCAAGGGGCCAAAUCCUAUCCAGCAUGAUCAGGCUCCUCUCUCGCCCACGGCUUCGACAUACGGAAACCCCUUGGUAUCUCCCAUGUUUGGAAAAACACCAAUGGCUUCCCCCAUGUUUCCUCCACACACUCCCGGAUAUGCUGAAAGUAUCAUGAGUGUUGCAGCUUCACAGGCUCCGACCAUUGGCUUUACAGGGCCACCACCAAGUGCUGGUGUGGACAUGUACAGGAUCCAACCAACCAACGGAGUGUAUUUUGGCCCUUACCUGAAAUACGUCAAUAUGAACAUUGAGACUGGGAAAUGGUUUGGUAGCAUACUUAUUGUGACAGACGCGCCACAGCCGCCUACAAUUCAUUUACAUCAGAGUAUGGAUCUUUCUCCAAAUCCCAGGCAGCUUGUUCCUCACGCCAUCUAUGUCCACCAACGCUGGACUUUUUAUAAAUAUGAGAUUGACAUCGAUAUGGGAGAGGCCACUGAACGAUGGACUUAUGCCGUUACAUCGCACCUUGGAUGUACACGCUACGAGUUUGUCGUAGCAGGCAGACACGAAACUGGAUGGAGAUUCAUAGCCCACUCAGGCAAUGAUUUCGCGGUCAGCACGUCUCAAAACGAACGCUCUAAGCUGGGUGGCGUGGGUUUCAUGUGGAAAGAUGUCCUCCAGAAGAAUGUAGAAUGCGGCGGUUUUCACGUACAGCUUGGACUGGGCGACCAGAUUUAUGGCGAUCGACUGUGGAGAGAGGUGCCACUGAUGAAGCAGUGGCUAGCUAUGAGCGGAAGAGACAACAAGCGAAACACACAAUGGACUGCCCGACAUGAAGAGGACGUAAGCCAUGCUUACUUCCACUACUAUACCAGCCAUUUUGACCAGCCUUAUUUGAGAGAAGCUUUUGCACAAAUUCCUCACGUUUUGCAAAUUGAUGACCACGAUAUCUUUGAUGGAUUUGGAUCAUACCCUGACUACAUGCAGUCAUCUGCUAUCUUCAAAAAUACUGGCCGCGUAGCAUCAGACAUGUAUCUGCUCUUCCAACAUCACACUACGGCAGAGAUGAUGCGUAACGUCAGCACUGAUCAUGACAUCUUCACUAUUACUGGCACUGGAUGGCAUUUCGUCAAAUAUCUUGGCCCAGCAGUAGUUGUGAUUGGCACAGACUGCCGAUCCGAAAGGACUCAGGCUCGUGUAAUGGCCGGGCCAACCUACCAAGGAAUAUUUCCCAAGGUCGCGACCUUACCACCAUCUGUCCAGCAUGCCAUUUGGAUGGUAUCAGUUCCUCUAAUAUACCCCAGAUUGGAUACCGUGGAAAGCCUGGCCAAUACCGUUGCUGCAGGCAAGAAGGCUGUCAAUACAACAUACAAUAUACUUGGCAAAGUCACCAGCUCUGUGGCAGGUGUUGUCGGCGGCAAAGAAAUGGUAGCGCAGGGCUUUAGUCAAGUCAAGAAGGCUGUUGGUAAGAGUGGUCUCAUGGGCAACGUCCUCAAUCAAUUUGGAGAGCUGGACAUCCAGGAGGUGCUCAAAGAUAUGUGGACACAUGAGUCUAAGGAUCUUGAAAGGACAUAUUUUAUCCGUACUCUCCAGGGCAUCUCACAGCAAAAGGGUAUUCGAAUGACAUUCUUAUCUGGAGAUGUCAACUGUGCAGGAGCUGGUCUUGUGCACGACCCAACACACCCUGGAGAUCAUAAGACAAUGUACCAGGUUAUUACGUCGCCAAUUGUGUCCGCGCCUCAGAGCACCUACGUGUUGAAGUUACUCCAUAAUCAGAAGACGCUCUAUGUGCCACUCAAUGGCCAGAAAUCCACACACGAAGUGUCUGACACCAAAGAAGAUAUGAUGGAGAUUUUCCAUACAGAUGCUAGUGGAGCGGGCAGGGAGCUGAAGAAGCUUAUGGGCCGUAGGAACUAUGUGGCAGUCAUUGCCUAUGACCACGACGCUGUCAUGGCGCAGAACCAGGCGCCUUUCAGUCCUAACCCAAGCCUUCAUAGUCAGCAGCAAGGCUUGUCUAAGCUUAGCCUUGCGGUUGAUUUCGUUGUUCAAGGAGAUGGUGCUUUUACAGCCACGACUAAAUAUGGACCUGUGAUUAUUCCUCACUUGGAGUAUGGAAGAUAA